UCCUGGCGUCAUUUUGAUAAAGGGGUGACGGUGAAAAUGAUGAGUGGAAGGACCGUAAUAGUGACCGGCGCCAACAGCGGCAUAGGAAGAGCCACGACCGCGGGCAUUGUGAAGCUCGGCGGUCGCGUUAUAAUGGCUUGCAGGGACGUCAAGAGUGCUGAGGAGACAGCCCAAGAGCUCCGACGAGACACUUGUGUUGACAGCCAACUCGUAGUGGUCAAAGAGCUCGACCUCGCCUCACUUAGCUCGAUACGCAGUUUCUGCCAGAGCAUAAACAAGGAAGAGCCUCGGUUAGAUGUGCUGAUAAAUAACGCAGGGCUCUACCAGUGUCCGUACAGCAAAACCGAGGACGGCUUUGAGAUGCAAUUUGGGGUCAACCAUCUGGGCCAUUUCCUGCUCACCCACCUGUUGCUGGACCUCAUGAAACGAUCCGCUCCCAGCCGUAUCGUGGUGGUCUCCUCCAAACUCUACAAACAUGGUGACAUCGACUUUGACGACUUGAAGAGUGAACAGAAAUAUGACAAGGCUUUUGCCUACAGUCGCAGCAAACUAGCCAACUUGCUAUUCACCUGUGAGCUGGCCCGCCGACUGCAAGGGAGCGGGGUGACCGUCAAUGCUCUGUCUCCCGGUAUGGUGAGGACUAAUCUCGGACGGCAUGUCCGCGUCCCGGUGAUAGCCAAGCCUGUAUUCAACCUGCUCUCCUGGGGCUUGUUCAAGAGUCCUGAACAAGGAGCUCAAACGUCACUAUAUUUAGCCUGCAGCCCUGAUGUAGAGGAAGUCCAGGGACAGUUCUUUUCAGACUGUCAGCCUCAUGUUCUUCUUGACAAGGCCACUGACUGCCAAGUUGCCCGGAAAUUGUGGGACAUUAGUGAAGUCCUGGUUGGAAUUGUUCAAUGAUUAUUUGUGCACUUUACACAAUUGUUACAAAUUCUUUCAACACAAAUGUUCUGAUUUUAACUCUUAUAAUAGGUUCUUAUUAGGCUACUUCUUACCUUAAGUAAUUCCACACUUUGUUUUACAAAUAUGAAGUGUAUUGUUUUGUUAAAUUCCCCCUAUUCUUAUUGCUCAUAUGUAAUCGCAUUUUUGUCUGUUCUGAAUUUGCACAAUCGUGAUAUGUGCUCUGUUGUAUUUACCGCUGUACUUGUGCAAUUUGUUCAUUAAAGCCAUUUGGAGAAAGAAAGAAAAAAGAA